AGCCCAAUAGUUCUUAAACCCAAUUCAAUUGCUCCAAAGCCCAAUUUACAAGGAAGUUCUCUCUUUACAGUUUACACACACACACAGAGAGUCGCCGGCGUUAUUACUAUUGCUAAUUUCUUCAUAUUCUCUUUCUCCGACGGAACCAAAUUAUGGCAUUAAGAGGUGUUUGGCAGCUAAAGAAAUUAGUAGUCAGUUAUUGCAAUUGGGGUGGCAGUAGCAGGGGAAUAAGGGCAUUCAUGGAGUCUGAAUUGCCAGCAUUUAAGGAGAAAAAUCCGCAGCUUGAGGUGGUCACUGAGCUCAAUCGUGGUCAGCAUCCAUUCUUAAAGGGAUUAUACAAGAACAAGAAUGAGCGUGUUGUAUGUGUGAAAAAUUUGAAUCAAGACGAAGUACUUGAAGCAGCGACCAAGUUAAGGAAUUCGCUUGGCAGAAAAGUGGUGAAGCUGAAGACGCGGCAUGUCACAAAACAACCAAGCGUUCAAGGUACAUGGUCAACAGCAUUGAAGUUAUAAGCACCAAAAACAGAAGUUUUAUGCAGGUGAUUUCUGUCUUCCUAGGUUUUAUCAUAUGGAUAUGUAAGUCGUAGGUGUAAUCUUUUUGGACAAACAAGAUAUGGAUAAUAUGGUCUACAUCUACUGAGAAGGUAGAUUUUUUCAAUCGGUUAAUGCACUCGAUAUGGACAAUAUGGAAAUUGCAUGUGUUGGACAUUUUGUAAUUGAGUUCUUGGAUUUGGUAAUUGGUUAAUGAUAAAAUCCUUUGGCUGUAAAA